AGAAGAAGCUUAACAAAUCCAAAAGAGGGGUUUUGCCAGUCAACUCGGACCCGGCUCACUCUCUGAAACCGUUACCCUAACUCGGUUCGUUAAGCCUUGUUUGAUUUCUCUUUCUCGAAUUUCCGUAACUGGUUCAUUGCACAGCGGCCGGCGUCCGUCUGAUCAGAACGGCAGCGUUUCGGUUCCAGAUCUCACAUUCCGAUUCGUUGAUUUUCGAGUAGCGUCCCGCAGUGGCUCGUCACUCCUCGGUUCAUUUCAGCAUUGAUGAACAGCUGAUCUUUCGAUUUUUCAUGGCGUCUGUGAUUUUAGGAUCUCAGUAGGGGGAUUGGAGUCGUUUGGUUUUUAACUAUUAAUGAUCGUAUUGGACUUGAUUUUUGUACACGUUCCAAUUUCGGCGGCUUUGGAGCUUGGCACUUUUUGUAGAGGAGUGAAGCUCUCAUCUACUGCUGCCACCGCCUCUUUUGCUGGCCGUCUGAUCUGCCGCUCGUCUUUGGUUGAUGUCGCGUAAGCUGGACAGUCCCGUGCAGACCCAAAUGGCAGUGGCGUUAUUUAAGAGUCCGCUGACUGGUGAGUACCAUGGAAGCAAGAGGGUGGAGGGGAAACAGCCUGCUGGUCGGAGAAGGGUUUAUGUGCAGACGGAGACGGGAUGUGUGUUUGGGAUGGAAUUGGAUCGCGGUGACAAUGCCCAUACUGUGAAGAGGAGGAUGCAGCUUGCUCUCAAUGUUCCAACUGAUGAGAGCUCGUUGACAUUUGGAGAUUUGGUGUUGAAGAAUGAUCUUAGUGCAGUUCGGAAUGAUGCCCCCCUUCUUCUUACACGUAACCUUAUGCAUAGAAGCUCAUCAACUCCGUGUCUAUCACCUACUGGGAGAGAUAUGCAGCAUAGAGAUUGGAGUGGUCCUAUAGAGAUAUUAGGGAACUCAGAUCGGUUUGCUGGAACAAAGCAGGUGGUUAAGGACAUUAAGAAGGCCAUCAAGAUGGGGGUUGAACCAAUUCCUGUGCAUAGUGGGCUUGGAGGUGCAUACUAUUUUAGGAAUAGUAGAGGUGAUAGUGUUGCAAUAGUGAAGCCAACUGAUGAAGAACCCUUUGCCCCCAACAACCCAAAAGGUUUUGUUGGUAUGGCUCUGGGCCAACCAGGUUUGAAGCGUUCAGUGCGGGUUGGGGAGACUGGUUUCAGAGAAGUCGCAGCUUAUCUGCUCGACAAAGAUCACUCUGCAAAUGUGCCCCCCACUGCCUUGGUGAAGAUCACUCACUCAAUCUUUAACAUAAAUGAUGGCGUGAAUGGGAACAAGCCACAGAAGAAGAGGCUGGUUAGCAAGAUUGCAUCUUGCCAACAAUUUAUACAACAUGAUUUUGAUGCCAGUGAUCAUGGGACAUCCAGCUUUCCAGUAGCAGCUGUGCAUCGUAUUGGGAUUUUAGACAUUAGGAUUUUAAACACAGACAGGCAUGCGGGUAAUCUCUUAGUUAGGAAACUUGAUGGUGUUGGGAGGUUUGGUCAAGUGGACCUCAUUCCCAUUGACCAUGGCCUUUGCUUGCCAGAAUGUUUGGAGGACCCAUACUUUGAGUGGAUACAUUGGCCUCAGGCUUCUAUUCCAUUCUCAGAUGAUGAGCUUGAUUACAUAGAAAAGCUCAAUCCAGUCGAGGAAUGUGAGAUGCUGCGAAGGGAGCUUCCCAUGAUACGAGAGGCUUGUCUCAGGGUUUUGGUUCUCUGCACCAUAUUUCUGAAGGAGUCUGCUGCUUAUGGUCUCUGUCUUGCUGAGAUAGGUGAGAUGAUGACUAGGGAAUUUCGUAGUGGUGAGGAGGAGCCUAGUGAACUUGAGGUGAUUUGCAUGGAAGCAAGGAGGAUGGUAGCGGAGAGGGAGGUGCCAUCCCCCAAGGCUGAUAUGGGAGUUGAGGAGUUCCUAUUUGAUAUAGAUUGUGAGGACACAGAAUCAGACCUCAAAUUUUCAGCAGAGGAUUAUGUGACUAGGACAGCUUUUCCAUUUGGAAAUGGUAGCGGACAUGGCCGGUCUCUUCUCUCUAAAUUAGAAGAAAGCAUUGAGGAGGAAGAGGAAAGUGAAGGAGAAGAGCAACAGGCGAUAGCAAGUUUGCCACCUUCUAAACACAUCCCAUCAGUUGCAAAGCUUUCUAUGUCGCUGAAGACUACAAGUUUGGGCGAGAAGACCUUCCUGAAAUACGCAGGAGCAAAUACAGAAAACGGAUACAUAGUGAAUACAUCAUCUGGUCACAGGAGUGCGAAUGAGCAACUUCCUGCAAGCGUGAGCUUUGUGAAGCUGGCUGACAUGAAUGAGGAUGACUGGACCUUGUUUCUAGAGAAGUUCCAGGACCUGCUUUACCCAGCAUUUGCAAAACGCAAGUCUGUUACUCUAGGUCAGAGGCAGAGACAGAGGCUUGGUACCUCUUGCCAGUUUUGAGACUGAGGUAGCAAUGUGCGGCUACGAUAGAGGACAAGAAGAUUAGUACUGUUUGUGGGAGUGGAGGAUUGAGUUAGAUUGCGUUGCAGUUUUUCUUCUUCCUGGAGAAAGGUUGCUUUAGUUGACGAGUGACUGUAGGAGUUGCUGUAAAUAUUCUUGGCAUGACUUGAUUUUCUUUCUUGUUUUUUUCGUUUUCUUUUAUUUUUUUUAUGUUUCUUUCACUCCUUUGUGGAUGUUUGAUAAAUAAUCUGUAGAAUGUAAUCAAGAAAAGAAAGUUUAUGUAUAUAGUGAAUUAUGUUUCCUUGAA